UAAUUUUUAUUCUUCCCAGUGCAAUUUAAAUUAUUCUUCCAAAAUUUAAACUUUGUAAAAACUCUAUUUUCAUAUCUUAUUACGUGUGCAAAGACACUUAAUUCUAAAUUUUAUUUUUAAAUUAAGCGUGAGCGGUUGAAAACGAGAUUGGACUGUUUCUUUUUUCAAAUGUGUUGUGUGCCAGUGUUGUUUAUUUGCCUCUAGUGGACCAAGAAGGUUGCAUACCUAGUUAAAUGAUUUAAACAAGAGUUUUUAUUUGUAAGUGUGCAGUUUGAUUUCCGAACACUAUGGAGACCCCUAAAGUGAAUGUAUCGACUCCAAUGAAUACGGUUUCGAGGGAGAACUUGGCAGUUUUGAUCAGAAACAACACAAUCAUGAAUGAUUCCGUGGAGUUUGUUUCCGAUUGUGAUGUGAUGGAAACCGACUCGCCAGUUCGGAAACCGCUAGCGACACUGCAGCACAUCAACAAGAAGCUAUUCCACUCGCCGCGAUUUCAGAACUGUCCCUCCAAAGAGGUUCUAACUCGCGCCAACAGCGAAGGAAAACGAGCGAAGAAGAGAAAACAAUGCCUAGUUCCAAAUUCUAAUGAGCCAAUCAAACGCGCCUUUGUGAAAGAGUGUGAUAAGGAUGGAUAUAGUCCCGAACCGUGUGAUGGAAUGAGGAAGAGAGUGUUGAUUAGUUUGUUUCAUAAUAAAGAGUAUUCGAUGGACUAUAGUGAAUAG